CUUUUUCCGGAUUGGAGCACCGUGUUCCCUCCGAUCAAAAAAUAUUCUACUGUAGCCCCUCAACACAUGCUCGCAGACUUUCACCAAACAAUAAAAAAAUCCUUGGCAGAGAAAGACAAGUCCCUGCACCUCAAAAAACUGUUCCUAUAUCUGGAAAAAGAUCCUUUAUCCUCAUACGAGUUCUGGUCGGUGGAUGAAAUACCGUUUCUUAUACUGCAAGAACUUACGACACCUUUUUCGCAGCUAUCGCUGCCCGAGAUAGAAAACAAGUCAUUUGCCGAUGUUAUCACGGUCCUAAACAUUCUGCAGAUCAUUGUUACCGAUAAGAACGUAAGAGAGGACUUCCUGAACGCACAGUAUCCGUUCUACAUUUACCCGUACCUGAACACCAACAGCCUAAACAACCAAUUCGAAAGUCUGAGAAUUGCUGGAUUAGGAGUGAUCGGCCAGCUGCUAAAGGAUGAUGAUAAGAAGACAGCAUUGUACCUCCAGAACACAGAGAUAGUGCCGCUCACACUCAAGAUCAUGGAUAUUGGCAGUGUAGUAUCAAAGAAGAUAGCAACGUACAUUUUUCUCAAGAUAAUAGGAAGCGAUGAGGGACUGGAAUACGCGUGCCAGACAUUCGAACGGUUCAUUGCAAUCAGCGUGAUCCUUAACUCGAUGGUCAUGCAGCUGCUUGAGAACAUGGACAAAAACUUGCUCAAGAGCGUGCUGCGCUGCUAUGUCAGACUGGUCAACCAGGACAAUGUGCGGAUAAGCUACGCUUCCAAGCCACCAGAAGCGUUGUACAGCCGGGAGAUGGCAAAGAUAAUUGAGGAUGACAAGGACAUACGUGAGCUAUUCUCUCUCUUCAAAAAAAUUAUUAAUAACUCCCAUUAAGAGCAGGCCGCACGGCGUAAAUUGUAUACAAGGCGUGUGAUACCAUGCAAUUCUUAUUAAAUCGUGUUUAGUUGCUGACAAUUUCACAGUUUGAUCGUCAUCUUUAGCGAUCGCCGCUCAGAACGGCACUGUGUUUGCAGAAUGGCACGGUAU